UUUUUUUUUUCCUUUUCAAGUGAAGCCCUAACAGUCACGAAAUGUGCCUCUAUAAAUUGCGGUAUUGUGCACAUCAAUUAACUCCUCCUUCAGCAUAAAUUUGUAUUAUUCGCAAUGGACAACGAACCUUCUCAAAUAUCCAAGUUAAAAGCCAAACCCCGUGUACAUUUCGGCUCUUUAGAAGGUCUUGAGCCAGCAAAAAGGGCACGUAUCGAAGAAUCAUCGAAUAUUGGUGGAAUCGAUUUGGAUGCUUUAGUGGCCGAAAAUAGACAACCUGGAUACUCUGUCAGUUUAGGAGAAGCGGACAAAGAGCUACUUGAAGAAUUCGAGAGACGGAAAAGAGCAUACCAAUUAGCCGUACCAACGGAUGAUAAGCGUGUGAGGCGACGCUUACAGGAGAUCGGGGAACCACAAUGUCUAUUUGGUGAAGGCCCUGGGGAUCGUCGCGACCGUUUAAGGUUUUUAUUAUCCAAAAUCCAAGGUCGUCAAGCUGAAAGUGAAGAAGAAUCAGAAAGCGAAGAUGAGGACGAAGAGAAAGCAACAGAGGAACAAGAAGAAUUCUUUACCCCCGGUUCAGCAGAAUUAUUACAAGCACGUCAAUGGAUCACAAAGUAUUCUUUACCAAGAGCUAGACGACGAAACGAACGGCAAAAGAUCGAGUCGGAAAUCCCUCUUGCAUUACUCAAAGCCAGUCGAAAAGAAUUACAUACCAAGCUAAAGGCAUAUACUAAUUGGUCCUCGCAAAUUGCUGACAAUCGACCUAUUGCUCAAUGUGCAUUUAGUCCUGAUUCUUCAUUACUUGUAACAGGAUCAUGGUCCGGUUUAUGUAAAGUGUGGUCAAUACCAGACUGUGAGUCAAUAUUGACACUGAAAGGGCAUAACGAUAAGGUUGGAGGUGUUGUAUUUCAUCCGGAAGCGACAAUCACUCAAGAAAAAAGCGCUUUAAAUAUAGCAACAAGUGGAGCAGAAGGAGAGAUCCAAUUAUGGAAUUUACAGAGUGAAUCACCCAUGUCCACACUAAAAGGACAUGUAACACGUGUCGCUAGAAUAGGAUUCCACCCCUCUGGAAAAUACCUCGGUAGUGCAAGCUUUGAUGGUACAUGGCGUUUAUGGGAUUUAGAAACUACCCAAGAACUAUUACUCCAAGAAGGCCAUUCAAAGGAAGUUUAUGCCAUUGGUUUUCAAUGCGAUGGUAGCUUAGUAGCAACAGGUGGCUUGGAUGCGAUUGGAAGAGUUUGGGAUAUGCGUACAGGACGGUCAUCGAUGACUUUGGAAGGACACAUGAAGGAUAUUUUAGGACUGGAUUGGUCACCCAACGGAUACCAUUUAGCAUCUGCUAGUGCCGAUAAUACAAUGUGAAAUAUAGUAAAGGUGUUCCAGGAGUGAAAGACAACAGCCCAUCAGAUCCACAUAAUAUUGCCGGUCUUUACUUAACUACCUCAGGUUAUGACGGAUGCGUUAAAAUAUGGUCAGGAGACGAUUUUAAGCUAAUCAAGAGUUUGAAUGGACAUGAUGGAA